AUGAGGUUCGCCGUCUACGCCGGGGCUUCGACUGCCCUGGCCACUGGUGUUUUUCUGAAAGCGCUACAUCAAAGGGCCAACUUUUAUGCCGCGUGUGUAUAUCUUUCGCAGAGUAGCGCAAAUCUUAUGAUCUUGAUGAACGUAUGCCUUCUAGCCGUUGGGUUCUUCCUCUUUUGGCUCCAACGUCUCCUCUAUGGACCGCUCCGACCCAUCGAGACCGAACAGCUAUAUGAGAAAGCAUGGUUCGCUGUCACCGAAACGUGUCUGGCGAUGACGAUCUUUCGUGGAGAGCUAGGAGGGUGGUUUCUGGUCAUGUUCGUUUCUCUGCUCGUGGGCAAGGUCUGGGGCUGGAUCGGAGAGGGCCGCGUAGAAUACCUCGAACAGCAGCCGCCUGCGAAUCCACGCCUGUUCCACUUGCGGCUCGCUGUGUCCUUGCUUAUAUCAGUCCUGUUCAACGUGUUCAUGCUGAGAUACUGCGUUCAGACGGUUCUUGAACAAGCACGACCCGACAUGAUGGUCAUGUUCGGCUUUGAAUUCGCUGUCCUGACCAUUCUGUCAAGCUCAACCGCCGCCCGAUAUUCCAUAUCUUUGGUUGAACUCUACAUCACCCACCGGCAGUUGAAGGCCAGGUUGGAAGAACGCCGUCAAGAGAUUCGAGCUGCGCGGGAUGAGGCCCUGCGACAACAGACCGAGUCCGCAGAGCCAACCACUUUGCCUGGUUUACCGGAUGAAAACGACGUCAACGAGAUGGAAUUGGAUGUGCCGGGGUGGGAAGAGAAAGGCCGGUGGAUUUUCUACCUUGACCUUCUAACAGACUUCCUCAAACUUACGGUGUACCUGACAUUCUUCGCCAUUCUAUUCACCUUCUAUGGUCUGCCCAUUCAUAUUUUACGCGACGUUGUUGUUACGAUCCGGUCGUUCGGACGCCGCAUCAUGGACUUUGUCCGGUAUCGUAAUGCGACACGUGACAUGAACGAGCGCUAUCCUGAUGCUACCGCUGAGGAGGUCGCUCGGGAGGAAGUGUGCAUCAUUUGCCGCGAGGAGAUGACCCAGUGGCACCGGGCUGGGGAGAGAGGGGAAGGUGCACAACAGCAAGGUCGGGUAUCUGACCGCCUUCGUCCAAAGAAACUCCCCUGUGGCCACAUUUUACAUUUUGCUUGUCUUCGAAGCUGGCUGGAAAGGCAGCAGAAUUGCCCGACUUGUCGACGCCCAGUCGUUGCUCAACCCCAACCACGAGGACACGGCGACGCUGGCAACCGCAACCCAGGGGGCGAUGCUGGUGGGCAGCAAAACCAGCCUUUUGGUAAUCAAGCAUUCGGUCGAAACGCGCCAGUGGAGGGAUUACCGCGAGCCCGAAUUUAUCAAUUCGGACCUUUCCGAAUCGGCUUUGGUGCAGGAAGAGGCGAUCUUUUUCGCAAUCUUCAGCAGCAAAUUCACCAGGGAAAUGUACCAUUGCAGCAGCCAAACGAUGCUAUUGCGCCUAAUGCUCGACAGAUAGGGUUCGGACUCGGGUUUGGGCAACCGCCGGCGACUCCAACAGUUCCAAACCCAGCUUCGAGUGUGGCUCAUCUACAAAAUCAGUUGCAGCAAGUGGAACAGCAGAUCCUGCAAGAAAUCAGCAGCCUACGUGUCACAACUCAGCAACUUCAACUUGUGAGAAUGCUGCAAACGGAGCUGCAGCGGCUCCGCAGCCUUUCCGCUGAAUCCAUUGAAUCUCAACAGGGUCUCUCAAGUUCCCUAUUGUCGGAUUCUGUGGCAUCCACAGCCGAGCAUCAUGGAUUCGUGUCAGACCCUGAAACACCUGCCAUAAGGGCUGGGGACUCUCGACUACCAGACGGGUUAAUUCUUCCUGACGGCUGGUCUCUGAUACCUCUGCACUCACCUGGCCAAGGAUCUACACCAGUGGAUAACUCCUCCAUUCCUACUACUGCUUCAGAGACAAUCAUACCCCCGGCACCUCUCAUGACCGAGAACGAAUCCCACAAUCCAAGUUCGGUCCAAGAGACCGCGGCUGUUCCGGGCCCCUCCGUACCGCAGGAUCUGCCAAACUGGCAUUCUGCCGCGACUCCUGCAUCAGCCCAUACUGGUAUCGAGUCACUGUCCCAGCAAUGGACCGACCUGGCCUCCGAGACACAGGCUGGCGAUACAGAACGUUCCGAGCGUGAGCAGGGGUCGGGAUCGUCGUCGGGAUCGCCCUCAAGAGGAAAGGCGCGGGUCGCGACAGUAGAGGAUGUACUCGAUGGCGAUGACGAGUGA